AUGCUACAUAAAUCUGCGAUAGAACUGGCCAAGAAGGGCCCUGCCGAGAUUUGGAUAGCAUCGCGCAACAAAGUCAAAGGCGAGGAGGCCGUGGCAGAGAUACAGAAGCUGGCAGAGGUGGACAGCAGCAGACCCCUGGUGAGGUUCUUGGAGCUGGACCUCGCCUCGUUCGACUCGAUCAAAGCAGCAGCGCAGGUACUCCUGGCAUCGAUAGACCGGAUCGACAUACUAAUGCUCAACGCCGGGAUACUUGGCGGGCCGGUGUCGACGACGGCGCAAGGGUACGAGAUGCAGUGGGGGGUCAACCACGUGGGCCACGCGCUGCUCUUCAAGCUGCUGCUGCUGCGGCUGCUCGAGACCACCGAGCGGCCUGGGGACGACGGGGACGUGCGGGUCAUCAGCCUCAGCUCCAUCGCGCACCACGUUCCCGUCCGGGGCUCCAUCGUGUGGGAGACGCUCAAGAGCGACGAGGCCUCGCUGUACCCGGUGCAGCGAUACGGGCAGAGGCGAACCUCGUUUACGCGGCCGAGAUGGCGCGGCGGUACCCACAGCUCACAUCUGUUUCUUGUGUACCCGGGCAUCGUGGGAACAGACAUCUUCGAGAGCGACAACGCCGGCGUGGUGCUUGGGCUGCUGCACCUCUACGCCUCGGUCCUCGGGACCACGGUCGAGGUCGGGGCCAGGACGCAGAUCUGGGCGGCGACGGCGCCCAAAUCGGAGCUGGCCAACGGCGAGUAUUACACCCCCGGCAACAUGCUUGGCAGGAUCCGGAGUCCAUCAAGCAGGAGUCUAGAACUGGGCAAGAAGCUCUGGGAGUGGACAGAAAAAGAGCUCGAGGGACAUGGAUUGGGUUGA